CUUGAACGUCACUUCCUUAGCGAUGCUCUUUAACCUUUGCCGUCCUCUCUCUCUGCACUGCAGCUUACAACGCAGUCUUUGUAAAAAUGUAUGUUUAUUUUUUCCAUUAACCGCAAAAAAAUUAAUAUUCAAGCGACCCGCUAAGAUUCAAUUCCGUGAGACGCCGCGAGCCUAGAUGGGGGAGGCAGGGCGGAGCUCGAGGUCACGUGUCUAGCUAGAACCGCCCCCCUGCAGCUGAAGACUUCCCCUCCCACAGUGACAGAGCCUCGGGGUCGGUGGUCGGGACGCUGUCUGCUCUUCCAGUCCCAGCAGGUAAAUUAACAUGAUGGAUUUCUCUAAACUACCCAAGAUACUUGAUGAAGAGAAAGAAAGCACAUUUGGUUAUGUGCAUGGGGUCUCAGGACCUGUUGUUACAGCAUGUGACAUGGCAGGUGCAGCCAUGUAUGAGCUGGUGAGAGUGGGCCACAGUGAGUUGGUUGGAGAGAUUAUUCGGUUGGAAGGUGAUAUGGCUACUAUUCAGGUGUACGAAGAAACCUCUGGUGUGUCUGUUGGAGACCCUGUACUCCGUACUGGUAAACCCCUUUCGGUAGAGCUUGGUCCUGGCAUUAUGGGAGCCAUUUUUGAUGGCAUUCAAAGGCCUUUGUCAGAUAUCAGCAGUCAAACCCAAAGUAUCUACAUCCCAAGAGGAGUAAAUGUGUCUGCCCUUAGCAGAGAUAUCAAGUGGGAUUUUACACCAUGCAAAAACUUACGGGUUGGCAGUCACAUCACUGGUGGAGAUAUUUAUGCAAUUGUGAAUGAGAAUUCACUCAUCAAACACAAAAUCAUGUUACCUCCAAGAAAUAGAGGGACUGUGACUUACAUUGCUCCACCUGGGAAUUAUGAUGCCUCUGAUGUAGUCUUGGAGCUUGAAUUUGAAGGCGUAAAGGAGAAGUUCAACAUGGUCCAAGUAUGGCCUGUCCGUCAAGUUCGGCCUGUCACCGAGAAGCUGCCAGCCAACCAUCCUUUGCUGACUGGCCAGCGAGUCUUGGAUGCCCUUUUUCCGUGUGUACAGGGAGGGACAACUGCUAUCCCUGGGGCUUUUGGCUGUGGAAAGACAGUAAUAUCACAGUCUCUGUCCAAAUAUUCUAACAGUGAUGUGAUCAUCUACGUAGGAUGUGGUGAAAGAGGAAAUGAGAUGUCUGAAGUUCUCCGGGAUUUCCCAGAGCUCACUAUGGAAGUUGAUGGUAAGGUAGAAUCAAUUAUGAAGAGGACAGCUUUGGUAGCCAAUACCUCCAAUAUGCCUGUUGCUGCUAGAGAAGCUUCUAUUUAUACUGGAAUUACACUGUCAGAAUACUUCCGUGACAUGGGUUACCAUGUCAGUAUGAUGGCUGACUCUACCUCCAGAUGGGCUGAGGCCCUUAGAGAAAUUUCUGGUCGCUUAGCUGAAAUGCCUGCAGAUAGUGGCUAUCCUGCAUAUCUUGGUGCCCGUCUAGCCUCUUUCUAUGAGCGAGCAGGCAGAGUGAAGUGUCUUGGAAAUCCUGAAAGAGAAGGGAGUGUCAGCAUUGUAGGAGCAGUUUCUCCACCUGGUGGUGAUUUUUCUGAUCCAGUUACAUCUGCUACUCUUGGUAUUGUUCAGGUGUUCUGGGGCUUAGAUAAGAAAUUAGCUCAACGGAAGCACUUCCCCUCGGUCAACUGGCUCAUCAGCUACAGCAAAUACAUGCGGGCCUUGGAUGAGUACUAUGACAAACACUUCACAGAGUUUGUUCCUCUGAGGACCAAAGCUAAGGAAAUUCUUCAGGAAGAAGAAGACCUGGCAGAAAUUGUACAGCUUGUGGGAAAGGCUUCAUUAGCAGAAACUGAUAAAAUCACUCUAGAGGUAGCAAAACUCAUCAAAGAUGAUUUCCUGCAACAAAAUGGAUAUACACCUUAUGACAGGUUCUGCCCAUUCUACAAGACAGUAGGGAUGCUGUCUAACAUGAUUUCAUUUUAUGAUAUGGCUCGUAGAGCUGUUGAGACCACUGCCCAGAGUGACAAUAAAAUCACAUGGUCCAUUAUCCGUGAGCACAUGGGGGAGAUACUCUACAAACUUUCCUCCAUGAAAUUCAAGGAUCCAGUGAAAGAUGGUGAGGCAAAGAUCAAAGCCGACUAUGCACAACUUCUUGAAGAUAUGCAGAAUGCAUUCCGUAGCCUUGAAGAUUAGAACUGUGAUUUCUUUCCUCCUUUUUCCUCAGCAAGCUCACAUGUGUAUAUUUUCCUCAGUUUCUCAUCUCAGACCCUUAGCUUCUUUAUUGUGUAGCUUUGUGACUAGUGCCUAUGUGUGUUAGUUGUUUUGCAGUUUAUUUGGUAGGUCUUAUAUAAAAGAAACAUUCCUUUGUUGCAGUGUUUGAUGGUCCUCCCUGAUCCUUUACCUGAAGUGGUGAAUGUAGUAAAUAUGAUAAACAAUGGCUGUACUACUGUAAACGUGUUUUGAAGAUGACAGCCCUCCUUGUCCUGGGCUUUCUCUUUCCUCGUGUCCAUUAAAUUGUAAACAGGACUGCUGCAUGUAUACUCUUGGCAGUGAAUUUUGAAUGAAAGGCCCAAUGUCUAAACCUUUUGACAGAUACUUGGGAAACAACUCAAUAUCUAUGUGGUAAGCCCAUGUGUAGCUUAGCGUUUUGCUAAGUAACUGCUUUGCAGGAAAUACUUUUUAAAAGGUGAAUGAUUAAUGUAACAAUUAUGCAUUGCUUUUCCAGUAUAAAUCAGGAAUAUUUAUGGGAAACUACUGGGGACUAUACUGUUUUAAAACAGGCAUUUUGGGGAGCUCAGCAGAAUAGAUGAAUCAGUACCCUCUAAAAAAGUGGGAAAAAGGGACCAGAUAGUCAAAUUUAGAUUAAUAUCAUUUUUUAAAGUAGGAAAACUUUAGUAUCAAGGACUAUUAUAUACUACAUUACUAGAAAAUCCCUUUAAAAAUAUAAUUAAAAUAAUAAUAAGAAACUCGAACUACAUCAUAUUCUCUUUCUUUUCCUCAAACAGCACAUAAGCCUGAGUGUCUAAGAAGCGUGUAGCAGUAUAAUGGACAGUGAAAUUCCGCAGAGAAGAUACUUAGUACUAGUGCUUUAAGGCUUUUUGCCCUGUAAGAACCAGCUGUGCUGUAGCAAUUCCUUGGGGCCAGAGUAGCAUGAUGUUUUUACAGAGUAUUGACAUGUAUCACUUGUUUGCAUGUUUGUUUGCUUGUUGAAUUUUUGAACACCUGGCUUACCAGUUGUAGAAAAUUUUAUUUUCAUGUGGUUUUUCAUUCACUGGCUCAGAAAAUUUUUCCGAUUGUCCAUGGCUAUAGGAGCAUAGCAGUCUCCAUUCUGUUUCAUGGGGAUGAAAUUAAUGCUUACAUUGAUUGGUAACAAAAUCCGGGUCAUGUGGAAAAAAAAAGAGAUAAUUUUCUGUCUUUUCGGUAUAUGUUUAAAAAUAAUAAGGCACACUGUAGAGCAGCUCUAAGAUCAAGUUUCCUAUUAAAUCUUUCUGAUAGAUAUUGCUGGCACCAUUGCUUCAUCUUUGGGAAGAGGAAAGAGUAUGUGAACAUGUCUGACAAUCUCAAAUACACAAAUAUAAUAGCAUAAAUAAAAAUAUGUAUUUUAUGCCUCUGUUAUUUAAAUUUUUAUGUAAUACAUAUCUUUUGUUCAUUAAAGAAAGAUGCAGCCAGUUGAGAAUUCAGAUGUAGUUUUAUGUACAUUCUUGCAAGCUGCAUGUUUUUACAGUGGACUGCCAUUGGGGAAAGAUAGUCUUCCAUACAACUUUUUUAACCUUUCAGAAUAUUGACAAAAUUAUGCAGUGAUUUGCUGAGAUGUGGACUUAAUGGUGCUGCUUUAUCAGUUUGCUCCCAGUGAGACCUUCCUACCUAGAGGCCCUAAAACUAGUGAAAGUUAAAAGCAUUUCAAAAACUUUCUAUUCCUACUUUAAACCUACCAGCAAACAAGAAUUGUGGUCAUGAUAAAUGAUAUGAAGAAACUAAUUGACCAAGUUUGUUUUUUGUUUGUUUUUUUUUUUUGUCAUCCUGAAUUUGAGAUGUACAUUUUUAUUCCUUUUAAGAAUGUUGUUGUAUGAAUGCAAGGAUGCUAGAGAAA